CCUGCUCUGCCUGGGUGCUUUACUUUCUUCUUUUGCUCUCCUCUCUCUCUCUCUCUCUCUCUACUUUCUCCUCCUUGUUUUUAUUAGCUUCUUCUCAAAUAUUCUGUCCUUUUUCUCUUUUGCAUUAUCGUUCUUUCUUGUGUUUGAUUCUUUGUGUGUAAGACAGUGAAACAGACGAGUUCUUGGUGAUCCUCCACCUUCACCAAUGGCAAUGGCAGAGAUUGCUCACCCUCCUAUGGAGCAACUCCAGGACCUCGAGUACUGCAUAGACUCUAACCCUCCAUGGCCUGAAACCAUAUUGUUAGCGUUUCAAAAUUACAUAUUAGUACUUGGGACAAGUGCGAUGAUCCCUACACUGCUUGUACCACUAAUGGGUGGAUCCGACGGGGACAAGGCACGGGUAAUACAAACUUUGCUUUUUGUUGCUGGAAUAAACACUCUUCUCCAAGCACUCUUUGGAACCCGAUUGCCAGCUGUAGUUGGAGGAUCCUUUGCAUAUGUUAUCCCCAUAGUCUAUAUUAUUAGCGAUUCAUCUCUUCAACGGAUAAGUGAGCCACAUAUAAGAUUUAUACAAACCAUGAGGGCGAUCCAAGGAGCGUUGAUUGUUGCGUCAAGCAUUCAAAUAAUCUUGGGGUACAGCCAAGUUUGGGGUCUGUUUUCACGUUUUUUCAGUCCCCUUGGAAUUGCACCCGUCGUUGGAUUAGUUGGUCUGGGCCUAUUCCAGAGGGGAUUUCCUGCGCUAGGGAAUUGUGUCGAGAUCGGGCUGCCAACACUAUUGUUGGUAAUUGGCUUGUCACAAUAUCUAAAGCACGUUAAACCACUGAGGGACUUCCCGCUAUUCGAACGGUUUCCUAUAUUGAUCUGCGUCGCGAUUAUUUGGAUAUAUUCCGUAAUUCUGACAGCUAGUGGAGCUUACCGAGGCAAACCUCUUCAUACUCAACUCAGUUGUCGUACAGAUAGAGCAAAUAUCAUAUCUACUGCUCCAUGGUUCAAGUUCCCGUACCCUUUGCAGUGGGGUCCACCUACUUUCGCCGCUGGCCAUUCAUUCGCAAUGAUGUCUGCAGUUCUUGUAUCAAUGGUUGAGUCAACUGGUGCAUACAAGGCUGCAUCUCGUCUAGCAAUUGCCACUCCACCUCCAGCCUACGUACUUAGUCGGGGGAUUGGUUGGCAGGGAAUAGGUGUUUUACUUGAUGGUCUUUUUGGAACGGGCACUGGGUCCACUGUAUCUGUGGAAAAUGUGGGACUCCUUGGACUGACUCGGGUUGGAAGCCGUAGAGUUGUUCAGAUUUCUGCAGGCUUCAUGAUAUUCUUCUCGAUGUUAGGGAAAUUUGGAGCUGUUUUUGCGUCUAUACCUUUCGUGAUAUAUGCUGCAUUAUACUGUGUUCUGUUUGGCCUUGUAGGCUCUGUAGGCUUGUCGUUUCUUCAGUUCACAAACAUGAACUGUAUGCGCAAUCUCCUCAUCACGGGCCUUUCACUCUUCCUAGGAAUCUCGAUUCCUCAGUUCUUUAAUGAAUACUGGUCCCAAGGUCGCCAUGGCCUCGUUCACACCAAUGCCGGAUGGUUCAAUGCAUUCAUCAACACGAUAUUCUCGUCCCCGCCAACAGUGGGGUUGAUCGUGGCGGUGUUCUUGGACAACACGCUGGAAGUGGAAAAAUCGAAGAAAGACAGAGGGAUGCCAUGGUGGGUGAAGUUCAGAACAUUCAGAGGUGACAAUCGAAACGAGGAAUUCUACACUUUGCCGUUUAACCUCAACAGAUUCUUUCCACCUACAUAGCCAGAUAGAAACCUUGGAAGAAAAAGAACAGAGCGGUAGUUACUGUCUUAGGCAAAUUCAAAUUCAAUUAACAUGAUAUUCAAAUGAUGUUUGGUUGAGCUUAAUUCAUCUCCUGUCCAGUUCCAUAUCCUAGCUAGACAGAUAACUGAUGAAAUCCUAAUUGGUUUUGUCGCCUCAACAUUGGGUUUUUUUGGGUUCUUGUGGGGUAGCAAGGUCUUCAUGAUAGGGAAUGUAGAGCACUAGAGCUUACUGCAGAUUGAUUGAUGCUUUGUAGGAUUUAAAUUUCUAUAAAGAUAACAAUGAUGUAGAGAUCUCAAUGUGUUCUUUUAGGCCCAUAUUCAACUUUUAUGUCAAGGUCUCAACCAAAAAUGUGUUCCGUUUUAACGGGUUA